UGGCUGAAGCACGGAAAAUGAAGAAAAAAAACAUGGAAGCCCAUGAACUAUUGAGCAAGAUGUGUUCCCCAAGGUGGACUUUUGACUCUAAAUAUGUUGGAGUAUACUUUGAGGCCAUAAAAAAGGCCAUCAAAUGUGGGAAUGUUGAAUUUGUUGAGGAAGUGCUGAGGUCGAAUCCUGCUUUGUUGUGGGGGGAUGAAGAUAGUGGAAGUAUAUUUCACAUUGCAGUUGCUUGGCGUGAGGAGAAAAUAUGGAACCUCAUUUAUGGUUUAAAUACUCAACAAAGAAACAAAAUUGCUGGAAGACUGGUAAAAUCAAACACCAUAUUACAUAUAGCUGCAUGCCCACUAGUAACAGAUGAUCGAUACAUAGGGGGAGGACUACUUUCAAAGGAAGAUUCAAAAAAUCAAGGAGAACAACAGUCCCAACCGAAGGUAUUCAGCAAAGCUCGAGAUGCAGCUAUGAAAAUGCAGAGAGAACUACAAUGGUACGAGGAGGUGAAGAGGAUGGUACCAUCUUCAUACAAACUUAAAGCUAACAAUCAUGGAGAAACUCCUUCAGAUUUGCACGCAAGCUAUCACAAUGAAUUAUUGAAAGAAGGAGAACAAUGGAUGAGAGAUACAGCAGGAUCAUUUACAAUCGUUGCGGCUCUCAUUGUCACUGUUAUGUUUGCAGCAGCCUUCACAUUACCUGGUGGCACCGAUGAAUCGGGGAAUCCGGUGUUCCUAAAGUAUACCUUAUUUAUGGUGUACGCUAUAGCAAACGCAAUCUCUCUAUUGACUUCAACCACUUCAUUGCUAAUGUUCUUGAGCAUUAUCACUUCACGUUAUAUCCAACAAAGUUUCCGAUGGUCAUUACACACGAGACUGAUAAUUGGUUUGACCACCCUUUUCAUCUCUAUUGCAACCAUGAUGGUAGCUUUUGGUGUCACUCUUAUUAUGGAGCUUGGUAAACGAAUUAGUUGGUCUACUACUCCAAUCACUUUGUUUGCUGGGGCAGCUAGUGUCCCAGCAAUCAUAUUUGGUUGGUUGCAACUUCCACUGUUUGUAAACCUAGUCUUAUCUACCUAUGGACAAGGUCUCUUCAAACAGAAAACAAAAUGUCCCUUAUUCCACAACCUACAUGAUCCUCCAAAACUCGAAUGAGCCUGUAGGUAUAAUUAAAUAUUAUUAUGCAAUUAAUGCUUGUGAUGUGGUGUGGUUCAAUAAAUUGCUCUUUGUACUUGUAAUUAUAUGGAUGAUAUAUGCUUCAAGCAGAAUAAG